UGAACCCCGAGCCUCACCCCGUCUCUCUAGCAACGGUCUACAGAGCAGAUGGACGCUUAGCGAUUUGUCAGACCGUGCGAGGCCUGGGCCGCUUGUUCCCAACUCAUAAGGCCUUGCUGCCGGUAGACCUGAUGUUUCAUGGAACAAUCACAAAAGAGCUAACCAGUCAUGAAGAAUGGACUCACUAUAAUGAAAACGUGAUAGAAGAUCAGACAGAUUUUGUUUUUGUGAAGUUCAGUGGCCUUCAUUUAAAAUCCAUGGAAAAGUUGCAAUCUUGUAUCUCUCUUAGAGUAUGCAUCUUCUCAAACAAUUUUAUUAAAGAUAUUCAUCCACUUCAAAGUUGCAUAAAAUUAGUCAAACUAGAUCUCCAUGGAAAUCAGGUAAUGUUAUUAUUAUUAAUGAUAUUUCAGAUAAGGAGUCUACCAGAUUCCAAAUUUUGGAGUGGAUUGAAGAAACUAAAACUUCUGUAUCUUCAUGACAAUGGAUUUGCAAAGUUAAAGAAUGUGUGUAUGUUAUCUGCUUGUCCAAGCCUCAUUGCCCUCACUAUGUUUGAUUGCCCAGUAAGCCUCAAAAAAGGAUAUAGACAUGUUCUUGUCAAUAGUAUAUGGCCUCUCAAAGCUCUGGAUCAUCAUGUGAUUUCUGAUGAAGAAAUAAUUCAGAACUGGCAUCUUCCUGAAAGAUUCAAAACAUGUAACCACCGACUUUUCUUUAAUUUCUGUCCUGCUUUGAAAAAGGGAUCAACCUAUGAGGAUGAAAUUCAUAAUAUCAAAUGUAUUAUUUCAAAAAUUAAUGCAAUUCUGGCUCAUAAUUCACCAAUUUUGAUUGUUCAAAGAUGGAUACGUGGUUUCUUAGUUAGAAAAAAUUUGAGUCCCUUAGUUCUGUGCAAAAAACAUCAGGAAAAGUUUAUGAAUGAAUAUGAAACAAAAUGGAUUUACAUACACAAAGGAUAUGAAGAUAACCUAUCUAAGGAUCUCUUUUUUCAGACAGAAACUAAUGUAACAGGAAAGCUUGCACAUUGGAAACAUAAUAUAAAUACUCCUGUUGAUCUAAAAAUUUCUGGAGAACAGAGAAGACAUGUUUCCUCUAUUUUAUAUGAAUUAAAAACAAAAGAUACUGGCAUAAAAUUUAAAAAAUCAAGACAUCUCAUUCAAAAAGGUCAGAAGGCAUCUGAAGAUGAAGUUAAGGAUGAAGAAUUGGAUGCCAUUUUCAGGUUACCAGUGUUCAAACUACCCAUAUAUACUUUACAUUCACUGAAGUGUGCUCCAGGACAGAAAGAGAAAGAACAAGAGUCUUUCCUUACAGAUGGUCAGCCAUUUCCUACCAUUCAUCAAAGACCAGUAAUUGAAAAAAAAGAUAUGCUUUUGGGGAAGAAUAUAAGAAGAGACUUUUUUGCAACACAAAAAACUGGUCUAAAACUCCGAAUACUUUGCAGUGUUGAUAAAUAUUACUCAGAACAAAAGAAUCAGGAAAGUCAUAAAAAAAAAGUGACAGCUGUAACCAUGGCACAAGUUGCCCAAGAAGGAGUUAGCUUAGCUGUUCAAAAAAAUUUAAAUAAGAAAAAAUAUGCUGCACAAAAACUAAUUGCGAAAAACAAUGAGACAAUUAAAAACGGUUUACAAUGACUUUGGCAGGACAGAUUCAAUUACCUUGAAAAAGCUGGAAAGAGGAAAGCUCUGUUUCUUGAAGAAAAAAAACAAAGGGCUGAAGACCAUUUAUUAAUUCAAAACUUAAAUAAUGAGCGCACUCUUUUAGCCAAAGAAAUGAUUAAAAUUGACAGACUGAAGAAGAAUCAGGCUGCCUUAAAAGAGAAAAGUCUGAUUGUUCGGCAAAAACUAGAAACAGAAAAACAUCAAAAGGACUUAGUUAAACAAAUGAAGGAAAUUAGGGCUCAAGAAGCAUGUAAAAGACACUGUGAAGAAAAAUUUUUUAUUGAUAUGAUUGCCUUUCAAAAAGCUUGUGAAAGAUUUCAAGAUGCUAAAAGAAAAGUUGCAACUGUAAAAGGAAAUUUAGUCUUUCAAGUUCCCAAUGGAAUGACAAAAUGAACCAACGCCAGAUCACAUUCUAUGGUCAUUUUGAAUUAUAGCCAUUAUUUUAGUUAAAGAACUGAAAUAAUAACAUGAAGGAAGAAAAUGCU